AUAUACAACGCAUGCUUGCAUCGUUUGUUUUCGGAUCGUUUACUUGUACUACUCAAGGUUAUUCUUUAAUAUUUUGGCGUUAUCUUCUGUUUAUCAAGUCGAUCUACUCAUUGACCGUUUAGAUACAUGUAGUUGACUUUCUUAGCCAUUUUCUGUUACAAGAAUGAUGGCUGACUACCGUGCCCGUGGAGAUCGCCAUAUCGAGUACGAGUCAGAGAAAGUCGUGGGGAGAGCUAUCGAAGAGACAUCACGUCGUCUUGGUCUCCAAUUCAAGAGUGAACAGGUCACAGCAUUGUCGUCAUUUUUGCGAGGACAUGAUUCCUUUAUUAGUUUGCCAACUGGCUUUGGAAAAAGUGUGAUUUUCCAAGCAGCACCGAUCUGUGUGGAUUUUAUUCGUAGUUAUUCCGAGGAUAAUGAAGAUGGAGUAAUUAGUGAGGACAAGUCAUUGGUCAUUGUUGUCAUGCCGCUGAAAUCAUUAGGGAAGCUCAUCGGGGACACAAAGGCCUUUCGCAGUACUUACGGAAAACUUAACGAGAUGCGUGCCAAACUGAAGUCAUCGGUUCCAGUCAUAGCGAUGACCGCAACUGCUACAAGCGAAGUUCGUCGAAGUGUCGCAGAUAGUCUUGGACUACGGAACUAUGCUUUGCUGAGUAGGUCUCCAGAGAGGAGCAACAUCAAACAUGUCUAUCUCCAGUCGAAAACAAAGGACUUCGAUAGGAUUUUUGAGUGGAUGGCGAAGGAGGUGCAGGAGAAUGGCAUCCACACUGAGCGAACAAUUAUUUAUUGUCAAUCAAGGAGAGUUGUUAGUUACCUAUUUGCGAUGUUCAGAGACUUACUUCCCUCAAGUCAUCAUAAGAAUGUACAGAUGUACCAUACUAAUACCGAGGCAGAUGUGCAAGAGCGAAUAAUUGACAGUUUUGGAGAUACAGCAGGAGAGGUGAGGAUCCUCGUGGCCACGAUUGCUUAUGGCAUGGGAGUGGACCUCAAGCAGGUGUACAGAACAAUCAUCUGUGGGCGCACAUCGGACUUGGAUGAUUACAUGCAAAUGAGUGGUCGCAUCGGACGAGAUGGAAAGCAGAGUGUGGCUGUCACUCUGCGGUAUCCUUGUGACAUUAGAGGACGAAUAUUGAGCAGCACGAUGAAAGACUUCGUAGGAGGCAAAGAGUGUCGUCGAGACACGACAAGGAGAGUAUUUGGAGAAGGGAAUACAAGUGCAGUGCUACAAGAUCAUGAUUGCUGUGACAUUUGUGCUUCAUCAUGUACUUGCGAUGGAUCUAGGUGCAGUGCUCGACGAUCAUUCCUGGAGAUAUCACUGCAACAGGCCGUGGCAGUGAAGGAGCAUGGUGAAGAACUUCCUCUCCUGAUUGCAUCUCCUGCUCAAGUGACCAACCUAGAGCGUGCCCUCGAUGACUAUAGGAGGAGUCUCUUGCCAGAAGAUGAAGGGCAUGUGUACAGUGGAGCAGACAUUGCUUGUGGAUUCCCUGUAGAAGUUGGGGCACAGAUUGUCAAGGAUUGUAAUGUACAUUUCAAUUUUCAAGGCUUUGUUGCUCGGUGCAAUUUUCAUAGCAGCAAAAUUGCAUCAGAGGUAUGGGAAAUCAUGUGUGCGUGUCUUUAG